AUGCAAUUGUGUGUAGCAAAUAUUGUUCAAAGUUUCCUUGUGGAAAAGUCCAACAUAAUAUGGAGAAUGGGGUUCACAAGGAUUGGUGCAGAUAUGCUGAAUAUCAGAGCUACACUUCCUAUUGCAGCUCUUAAGGGUGAUAUAUUGCAAUUGAUGAAGGAACAUGAUGUUCUUGUUGUUUGUGGAGAAACAGGCUCAGGAAAAACGACUCAGGUUCCACAAUUUAUAUUGGAUGACAUGAUUGAGUCAGGACAUGGUGGAUACUGUAAUAUUAUUUGCACACAACCACGGAGAAUAGCGGUAGUGGCUGAAAGGGUUGCUGAUGAGCGGUGUGAACCUUCACCAGGUUCAGAUGGUUCUUUGAUUGGUUAUCAAGUUCGUCUUGACAGUGCCAG